AGUAUAGUUUGACCGGUCAAGUAAUUUACACCAUCAUUUUUGGCGCCACCCGUGGGACUGUUAAGGUUUCUUCUCCUAAACACAAACCUACCCACCAAAACACCACUCGAAAUGUCUUCCAGCCAACAAAUCAACGCUACUUCCGCUCAGGUGCAGGACGCCAACGAGGGUACCAGCAUCCCUGUGGCUGCUCCCGUACCGGUCAUUUCAGCCCCGGUGUUGCCUUUGGGUCUGAGCUCUGUCCCGACGGCCAUCGUGAUCAGUCCCUUCGCGACCCCCGUCCCUUCCGCUGGACCGAGGGUCACAUUCCCUCCAAGCAUGACUCAGUUCAUGAAUGACCCAGCCAACCUACAAGCCAUCCAGGGCUUUGGCCAGGUCAUGGCCAUGUGCCAACAGAAUGGGGGGAUGCCUUUUCUCCCUGGGCCGUCGCGUCCCCCGCAAGCUACGAAUCCGCAGAUCACUCCUGAUGAUCAUUGCGUCUCAAUUGAGAGCAAUGACGGCGAGUGGGACAUCCCGAGGGCUCACAAGAAGAAGAAAGGAAAAAACAUCCGACCAGCGACCUCCCGAAACUCCGCCUUCGAAAGGCUAGGGGAUAGGGAGGAAGGCCAGAGGAAGUCAGCCAAGCAAAGGCUGGGGCAGAGCGUUGCCCAUGUCAGCGCGUUCGCCCGGCUAGGCGAGGUGCGGGAGGCCGAGCCUGCCCACACCCGACGCUCCUGGUCUAACCGGCAGGAGCCAGCAAGGACGAGGGCCUCUCGUCAGGAAGAGGAAGCAGAGAGCCAGCCCAGGUUACCGGUGGCGAACCGGUUGACCAUCCCAAAUGACCGCGUCCAGCAGAUGGAGGCAAAACUAGAGAGGCUGGAAAAGAAGGUCGAAGGGAAGAAUGACCAGGACAAACCCUUGGCAUGGUCCCCGUUCACCACAAGGGUCCAUCUGACACCUUUCCCGCGAAAGGUCAAGAUCGACGCCCCCAGAUUCACUGGGAAGGAAGAUCCGAAAAUCCAUUUGGACUCCUUCAACCAGAGUGCGACCAUGAACGGUUGCACCGAUGAAGAAAAGUGCCUUCUUUUCUUCCAGACCUUGCGGAACCGAGCCACUGAAUGGUUCAAUAAGCUUCGCCCGGGAAGCAUUGAUUCAUUCAGUGAUUUGGCCUCAAAAUUCAAGGCCAAAUUCCAAGAGAAUUGUACUAAGAGGAAGAAAUUCACCUAUCUUAGUACAGCCGGGCAGAGGGAGUCUGAGAACCUUACUCAGUUCCUUACCCGGUGGAAGGAAGAGGUAGACAAGGUGGAAGAGAUGGAUGACAAAACCAUCUUAUCCCUCCUCUUGAAUGGCUUGCGCGCCGGGGAACUAUACAAGGAGUUCUGUCGGAAACCCCCAGCCACGUACCAAGAGGCCUACCAUACUGCAUGGGAGUUUGCUGAGGCUGAAACUCAACUCCGGGCGAAGAAUGAAGCCGAGCAUGGUUACAAGCCCAAACCGGUUCAAGUCAAGAAGGAAGAAGCACCGGGACCUAGCCGGCCGAGACACCACUAUGACCCGGUCAUCCGAGUGGUCAAUACGGAAGAAUGCCAAGAAGUCCGGAAAGCACCGGUCAUUCUUCCGGAGAACCCUACCGGUCAAAUAGGGCGGCAGUGGUCGGGCACCUAUUGUUCGUACCACAGGACGGAUUCUCAUAACACCUCCGAAUGCAAAAGUGUUAAGGGGGUCAUCCGGCAGAUGAUCGACAGUGGAGAGCUGGGCAAAGAUUACUUGCAGAAAGCCCAGGAGAAGAGUCAUCAAUGGGUUAGGCCAACUGCCCCAGGAGAUGAUCAGGACAACGACCGGCGGAGGAAUAACCGGCCAAGGGAGCGGCAACCUGCCCCCGAAAAAGGGCACAUCGGCAUGAUCUUCGGCGGACCCGAGGGCGGAGACUCAGCCGCGCAGCGGAAGAACUGGGUCCGGAGCAUUUACGUUGGAGAGGUAAGUGCUGAACCGCCCAAGCGUAAGCAUACUAGAAGGGAGCCGAUCGUCUUUACUGACCGAGAUCUCCCUCCUACCGGUGAAGAUCACAAUGAUCCAUUGGUCAUCACCAUGGACAUUAAUGGGGUGGAUGUCGCCCGGGUACUUGUUGACACCGGGAGCAGCGUCAACAUCUUGUACUUGGAGACUUUCCAAAAACUCAGGCCAGGCAUCAAUAGAGUCGGGGCGGUGAUUUCCAUGCCUCAUCUAUGCAUGAAGUUCCACACUCCAGGUGGUGUGGGUGAGGUGAAGGGCGACCAGAGGAACGCCCGGGAUUGCUAUGCCCGGGCAGUCAAGAAGAUGACCAAGAGGGUCAAUGUCAUCUCCCAAGAAAUCACAAAGGGAGAGACCCGGGAGAAAUUGGAGCCCGAGGCCGUGACGGUGGAAAUCGAACUUCACCCGGGUGAUUCUUCGAGGAUGGUCAAAAUUGGAGCAAAUCUCCCCGAGGAUCUCAAGGCACAGAUUACACGGGUCCUCCAAGAAUACGCGGGCAUAUUCGCAUGGAGCGUGGCGGAUAUGCCCGGAAUAGAUCGCUCUAUUAUCUGCCACCGGUUGGCCAUGAGGGAAGGAAGUCGACCGGUACGUCAGAAGAAGCGGUACCUGGCCAGUGACCGGCGAGACUUCGUCAAGAAGGAAGUGAAGGACCUCCUCAGUGUUGGUCACAUCCGGGAAGUCAAAUACCCGGAUACAUUGGCCAACGCUGUCCUUGCUCCUAAGGGCGACACGUGGAGAAUGUGUGUGGAUUAUACGAACUUGAACAAGGCUUGUCCGAUGGAUUCAUACCCACUUCGCAGUCCAGAUCAAAUGGUGGACGAAACUGCGGGUAAGGAGUGUGGGCUUCCUUGGAUGACGAUGGCCCAUUACCGCAAACCGAACUUCUUGAGCCCCCGUUGGAUGGUCGCGUACCACAACAAACUCUUCAAGCCACUACUGGGAAAGACCAUGGAAGCAUACGUCGACGACAUGCUGAUCAAAAGCCAGGUAUCUCACAACCAUCCGGCUGAUAUGCGAGCCACGUUCGAUAUCAUGGCAAAAUACAACCUCCGGCUGAAUCCUAAGAAAUGCGUCUUCGCGGUUCGUACCGGGAAGUUCUUGGGAUUCAUGGUAACCAAGAGAGGAAUAGAGCCCAACCCAGAGAAAAUCCGGGCCAUCACUGAAAUGCGAGCCCCUACCUCCGUUAGGGAUGUUCAAAAGUUGACCGGUCGUUUGGCGGCCCUCAGCCGAUUCCUUUCCCGCUCAGCUGAGAGAUCCCUGCCCUUCUUCAAAGUUCUGAAGAAGGCCAACACAUUUGCAUGGGACAAAGAAUGCCGGAGGGCAUUCGAGGAGCUGAAAGAGUACCUAGCGUCGGAUAUUGAUCUCGUCCUCAGAGGAGACUCAUCUUCCUUGACCGGGUCUUCUUCUCCUGAAUCCACGCCCGGUCAGGUUCCCAACUAUUCUAUUCCCGACCCGCAUCCUGUUAACCAGAUGCCCGGUGAAACUUUCGUGGGGAGGGAUGACUCGGUCGAUGACGAACCGGGUCCCUAUGACCCUGAACACGAAACCCGGGAUGCGUGGGAGGAGCGGCUUCAUGCUGCCGGUUACUUUCCGCUCCCCACCUUCUACGUCCUUGACAUCCCUUCCCGUGUAUCCAAAAUCGCUCUGAAUAAAAUUCGUAGGAGGCUCCCGGAUGGAUAUACCCUCCUGUAUGAACCCAAUUGGCCCAACAUUGUCGAACCCCACCGGGAGGAUAGGAUAGGGUUCCAUACCAUAUCACUGGAUGCGGGCAUAGUUUUUCCCCUUCGCCCCUUCCUAACCGAAUCCUACCGGGCGGAUCUGGCUGCCCGUACCGGUAGGAAGUUCAUUUCCGAAGUCCCCCAGAGUAACCGGGGAUGGAAGGAAAAGUUUGUUUUCAUCGAGUUUCCCCCCUUCGUCACUCCUCUGGCCGGUCUGAAAUGGAACGACCAUCUCCUCGACCAAGAGUAUGCUGCACCGGCUUCCUCCCCAGACUUGGAAGCGAAUCUUGAGGUCCUUAUGCGCGGGGAUCCUUUCACUGGGAGGAUCUUCCAUUAUGGCAGCUGGGUUUGGAGGGUGGAGUCGGGUGGUGAGGAUAUGGAGUUCGAAGAGUUCGCCAUCCCCGACGACCAACCAGCGGGAGAUACCGGGGGAUCCCAAGCCAACCCCGGCAGAACCUUCCCGGUCCACCAAGAGACCGUGGAGAUUCUAGAUGAGGACGAGCCCCAAGACAACCGGUCUAAGGGGAAGGAAAAGGAAAAGCCCGGUCGUCGGAUGAAGAAGGUGGCCACCACGCACCCUUCUUACGCCAAGAAGAGGGCAAGGUCGGAUCCUGAGCCGGCCGGCCAGACCAUUGAAGAGGCCUUCAUUAAUCUGGGGCUGAGGCUGAAGGAGGUAAGUCCUGUUGCUUCCCCGGUCUUGACCUUCUUAUUCCCUCGACGUGAAUCUUACCGGUCUAUUUUUCCUUUUGCACAGGCGGGGGAGAUCGGACCCCUCUCAGCUGACCGGCUUGGUUUGGGCUCUUCUUCGGAGUUUGCCCGGCUGAAGAAGGAGAAGGAGGAGAUGGCUCUCAUCCUGAAGAGCCAAGCUGAUGAGCUGACCAGGCUAUCCGGGCUGACCGGGUCGAUGAGGGCGGAGAUCUCUCACCUCAAGGAAGAGAAUGACCGGCUGAUGGGCGAGGUGUUUGAAGCCAAGAGGGAGAUGGCGGAGAAGGAAGAAACCUUCCCCGGGCGUGCAGCUGCCUGGGUGGAAGAGAACAAAGCUGAAGCUACCCGGGUGAUGACGGCGACUCCCGAGACCACGAUGGAGUCCUUCAGGCUUCUAUACCGGGAGCCUGAAGGAAGGAAGAUGAUUACCGCGAUUGGAUCCUUCGGAUUCAAGAGCGGGCAAAAGAAGGACCGGAUCGCCUCUCACCAGGUACUGCUCAGAAGAGAUCCGGACUUCACCGCUGCAUCCUACGGCCUAGCCUCAAUCCCGGAAGAAGAGCCGACUCCCCCCUUCCCCCUUGACUAAUCUCCCCGGCUGCGCCCGGUUAUUCUUGUAAAACUUAGCAAAAAUUUCCCCGGGCAUGCCCGGCGUAUAUGUAAACAUUUGACAUUUCCAAAUUUAAAUGCCAUGUUUGUUUCGUUUAAAUGCCAUGUUUAAUUUCCUUACCGGUGAAUCUUCCAUAUCUGCUUGCUUGUUGAUUUAUACUUUUCUCUUGCUACUUAUAAAUUCUGACCGGUAGCCCAAUCAGACCACUUCUCAAUUGUUUCUGACCGGGAGAACUUCAAAGU